UCGGGGGCAGUAUUUAUAUUCACACUGGUAAAAAUGGAAAUUAGCAACGUUUAUCGUUUCAUUCACACAAUCACUGUACUUUUCGACUGAAUGUUGGUUGCAUCUACUAGCAGGCUGACUACCCGAAUGGCAGAGCGCACAGAAGUUCCUGAUGAAGGCGUGUAGGUAAUACUUUGACAGCCCUGGAAGGCAACAUGUCUGAAGAGGCAAUUUCAGAAAGUGACCUGGAGGGCAGCAUUGACAGCGAAGAGGAGUGUAUGGAAAAUGAGGAGGAGGAGGAGGAUGAUGAAGACUUGGAGGAAGACGAGGAGGAAAAUGAUGGAGACGACGAAGAUGAUGGACUUGAGCGACCUGCAAGUGCCCAGAGUCGAGCCGAUGGGGAUGGCAGGGACUCCAACUCAACUACCUCUGGAGAGCCUUCCUCAGAGCCUCCAUCCCGGCCGUCCUCCAGACCCGCCUCUCGAUCUCAGCCUCCUGCCAGUGCGGGGAACUCGAGUGAGAGCAAAGUCGCGUCUAGAAAAACAAAGAAGGACAAAGCUUCUAAGUUAACAAAAUCACUCAAAUCUUCAAAAAGCUCCAAACCUCCAAAACCAGCCAAGCCAGCUCACAUGAGGAAGAACAUCAGAAAGCUGCUGCAAGAGGACCAGCUUGAGGCUGGAACUAAAGCAGCUCAGCUGGAGGAGAUGGAGAGGCGGAAACGACUGGAGCAGCAGAGGAAAGACUUUCCUACUCCGGCCCCAUCUCUCGCAGACGCUCAACUGGUGGAAACGGCAGCUUUAUUAGCAGAAGUAUCUCAGUUGGUUCCUGCUCUCCAGGGUAAACAGGAUGUGAUCUGUCUGGAUAGUAGUGGCGAGGAAGAUGAAAAAGCGGAUAUAAAUUUGCCCGCCCUCGCCAUUGGGGAUGAUAUAAUUGAGCUCAGUUCGGGGGACGAAGACACCCUGCAGAUAAGCAGCGAGUCGGCUGACGAGGAAGCCGAUGCCGCCCACGGCUCGGAGGAGAGCAGCGGCUCUCACAUAAACGACGCGCUGAACUUGCCUGACGCCCAGGGUCGAGUCCUGGUGAACAUCAAUCACCCUCCAGAGGAGAAAGAUGUUUACCUCACCCCACAGCUGGCCCGAGCUGUUAAACCUCACCAAAUUGGGGGAAUCCGGUUUCUCUACGAUAACCUGAUCGAGUCUUUGGACCGGUACAAGACCAGCAGUGGCUUUGGCUGCAUCCUCGCUCACAGCAUGGGCUUGGGCAAAACUCUUCAGGUCAUUUCCUUCAUUGACAUUCUUCUGAGGAACACAGAGGCCCACACUGUUCUGGCUAUCGUCCCUGUGAACACGCUCCAGAACUGGCUGACAGAGUUUAAUCUCUGGCUCCCACCCCAGGAAGCACUUCCUCCUGACACCGACCCUACGUUCAUCACUGGCCGCACGUUCAAAGUUCACAUUCUCAAUGAUGAGCACAAAACCACGAUGGCCAGGGCCAAGGUUGUGGAGGAGUGGUCCAGAGACGGAGGUGUGUUGUUGAUGGGCUAUGAGAUGUACCGCCUGCUGUCCAUGAAGAAGAGCUUUGUGAUGGGGAAGAAGAGGAAAACAAAAAAACCAGCUGGGCCGGUUAUUAUUGACCUGGAUGAAGAGGACAGGCAACAAGAGCUCAUGAAAGGGAUUGAAAAGUCAAUAUCACGGCCUGGUCCUGACGUGGUGAUCUGCGACGAGGGCCACCGCAUUAAGAAUUACCACGCCAGCACGUCGCAGGCCUUGAAGAACAUUCGCUCCAGGCGCAGGGUGGUUCUGACGGGCUACCCGCUGCAGAACAACCUCACAGAGUACUGGUGCAUGGUGGACUUCGUCAGACCAGACUUUCUAGGCACGCGCCAGGAGUUCAGCAACAUGUUUGAGCGUCCCAUCUUGAACGGUCAGUGCGUGGACAGCACACCCCAAGAUGUCCGCUUGAUGCGCUAUCGUAGUCACGUGCUGCACAGCUUGUUGGAGGGCUUCGUUCAGAGGCGAGGUCAUGACGUGCUGAGACACCACCUCCCAAAUAAGGAGGAGUUUGUGAUCCUGGUGCGGCUCUCUCCCAUUCAGAAGGCGCUGUACACCGAGUUCAUGAAGCGCUUUCGAGAGGCAGGGAACAGCGGCUGGCUCGGCCUCAACCCACUUAAAGCUUUUUGCGUCUGCUGCAAGAUCUGGAAUCACCCUGACGUCCUCUAUGAAGCCCUGGAGAAGGAGAACCAGGCCAAUGAGCAGGAUCUGGACCUGGAUGACAUUACCUCGGCCAGUAACCCACGCUGCCCUGCUCCCAGUGCCAGCCUGAAGACCAAAGUGGCCGACUCAAGCAAAGGCAACAACAGCCUGCCGCCACUCAAUCCGUCUCAAGAUAGAGCCAAUCAGGUCAUCACAUAUGAAUGGGCAAAAGACAUCAUGUCAAACUACCGGACGGGAGUUUUAGAAAACUCAGCUAAGAUUGUUCUGCUCUUCCACUUGAUUGAAGAAAGUGUCAGGAGAAGAGACAAGAUUUUGGUCUUUAGCCAAAGUUUAAACACUCUGACAGUCAUCGAGGAUUUCCUUUCAAAGAGACCCAUGCCCCCCGGCAUCGUCCCCAGCGACAGCCAAAACCAAAACUGGGUUCGCAACCUCAACUACUACAGACUGGACGGGAGUACAUCUGCAACAGAGAGAGAACGUCUCAUCAAUCAGUUUAAUGACCCAGAGAACAAAUUAGCGUGGCUGUUCCUGCUUUCUACACGAGCGGGCUGUUUGGGGGUGAAUCUGAUCGGGGCCAGCCGUGUUGUCGUCUUUGACGCAUCGUGGAACCCGUGUCACGACGCCCAGGCGGUGUGUCGCGUGUACCGCUACGGUCAGAGGAAGCCUUGCUACAUCUACCGCCUGGUCUGUGACUUCACCCUGGAGAAGAAGAUCUAUGACAGACAGGUCUCCAAACAGGGCAUGUCGGACCGGGUGGUUGAUGACUUGAACCCAGUGCUGAACUUCACCCGUAAGGAAGUUGAGUCGCUGCUGCACUUUGUAGAAGAGGAGCCUGAGGCUGAGAAGAGCUCACUGGAAUCGCAGAGAGAGUUGGAGUCGGUGAUAUAUCGAGCUUGUGAGCUUUACCCAAACCUCAUCACCAAGCCACCUUUCCACCAUGAGUCGCUGCUCAUGGACCGUAAGGAGUCGAAACUGACCAAAGCAGAGAAGAGAGCUGCAAAAAAGAGCUACGAGGACGAGAAGCGAGCCUCUGUACCGUACUCCCGCCCGUCGUAUGCGCCCUACUACCCAACAAGUGAACACUCGCUGGCGAGCAUCGCAGCGUUUAACCAACGCGGCUGGCGCCAUAUAACACGGCCAGACGACAAGCCAGUUGCGAGUGUCAGGCCCAUCCAGUCGACCCCGAUCCCGAUGAUGCCUCGGCAGGUCGGCAUGGGAAUGGCCGGCUCCAGCUCUGCCGGCAGCCUUCCUCUCAACUUCCUGCAGAAAGCAGGAGUUUACGUGCAAAGGAUUGUCACCACAACGGACAUUGUAAUCCCAGGAGCAAACAGCUCCACAGACGUUCAGGCUCACAUCAGCGCAGGAGAGAGCAUCCACGUCAUUAGAGGAUCGAAAGGUACUUACAUCAGGACGAAUGAUGGAAGGAUUUUUGCUAUUCGAUCUGGAAAGAUCAGCAGACCGGCAGCUGGAGCGUCUGCUCCAUCUAGAGCAGACACCCAAGGCUCCCUGAUCCACCCAGUGAGCAACGGUUGCUCGUCUCCAGUGGACCAGUCGCGGCGAUCCCCCUCCGCCGACCAGCGGCCCCCGUCUCCUCUGAGCUCCGAUUUCCUUCGAGAGCUCAGCCAUUAUACGUCGUCUACAGGCAACGUCACUGUCGGCAGGGCGAAUGAAUCGUCGUCACUUCUGGAUUUGCAGUCUGCAACAGCGGGGGACGAGGGAGGCUCUCAGACCAGCGAUCAGUGCCGACAACUCGGCAACGACCUGCUGAGUUCAGCCGCAGAGGCGCAGCGCGGCGGCAAACGGAAGCGUGACGGUGGCCAGGACAACACUCAGACGGGAGGAAAACACACCUCGGUCACAGCUCAUUUCCCCGGAUUGUCGGUGAACUCUGGUGGGCUCAGUUUCCCACCGGUAGGUCUGAACCUGGGGAACCUGGGUCAUGUGAGUCAGCCGCUUCUAAUGCCUGGGGGAGGAUCUUCAUUCCUCCAAUCUCCAGGACAAACGCUGGCCGACCUGCAGUCCAUGUUCCCCUCGGUGAGCUCGGACCUCCUGAGGCAGCCGGCUGCGGGGAACGGACACCUCCCUCCCUCGUCCUCGGCGUUCUCUGCCGCCUCCUCCACCAUUCCCAUGUCAUCGACAGCAACCUCCUCCUCCCUUUCUUCUGGCACUUUGCCUCCAUACUUGAUGAACCCCAACAUGGCCGGCCUGCUUUCUUCAGGUUUUCCUCUCAGCUACAGUCAGCCACUCCUCUCCUCACCAAGAAUGUUCCCCAGCCCUUUGCUCUCAGGGUCGGGGGGCUUCUCCAUGCCCAACUCCAACUCUGCGACGCCCAGUUUCCUCUCUCAUUUUACCAACCCCACCUCCAGCCUCCUGGGGGCCGCGCUGACACAGCCGGACAGACACCCGAGCGCGGUGAACGGCGGGGACAGCUCUGAUGAUGACGUCAUAGAGGUGACGGGACAGUAGGACUUCAGAAAGUCCCACUACAGGUUUUUUUGUUUGUUUCUAAACAAUUUUACAGUCAGAAAAUAAUCAAAAUACAUUAAAAAUGGGAAUUAUUAUACAAAAACGAUAAAACUGAGAGGCGAAAGGCCUGGAAUAAUUUUAUCCAUCAUGGUUUGAAAGUGUUUUCAGAAUCCAAAUGUGACCAAGAAGAGGAAAUGUGAAACUCAGCUCUGAGUUUACAUCUAAAAUGGAUUAAAUGUGAAUAAGUUAUUCCUCAAACAUAAAGUUGGCUACUUCUGAGCCAGUUCUUUGUAAUAAGGAGGUCACACAGGUUCUGUUUUACCCGGUGCCUUGCAGAAGUUUUCAUACCUCUUACAGCCUUUCACAUUUUGUCAUUUAAUAGUUACACACCUCAAUGUAUUUCAUUGCGAUUCUAUACAAUAGAGACACCCGUUUGCAUAAUUGUGAAGUCGAAGGAAACUAAAACGUGAAUUUGUUUUUACAAAUAAAAAUCUUUUGAAGUGUGGUAUGCAUUUCUGUCCAGCUCCCUCAGAGUUAAUACUUAGUAUUUCCACCCUUAUGAGCGAUUACAGCUUCAGUUUCUUUGACUGUUUUUCAUAUCAAAUACUUACGUUCUUGUCCAUUUUUCUAUCUUUCAAAAUAGCUCAAGUUUCAUCAGAAUGGAUGGACAGUGAACAUUCCCAAUUGGAUUUAUGUCUGGACUUUGACUAGGCCUAGACCUACAUGAUUUGAUUUAAACCAUUCCAUUCUAACUUUUGGUCUGUAUUUAGCUCCAUCCAUCUUCAAACCAACUUGGAUCAACUUAGUAAGUUGAUCCAAGUUGAUUUGAGCUGCCACUGUCAUGUUUCACUUUGAGGAUGGUCUGUUUAGGGUGUUUUCUGCCUUAAAUAACAUUUUGCAUGUUGUUGCAAAGUUGUUGACCAGAACAACUGGUCAACAACUGAUCAGAGCAGUUGAUCAGUCUGAUCAGAGCACCUUCUUCCACAUUGUGGCUGUAGCGCCUUCCGGUCUUUUUAUGGUUUUCUUUCUGCCUGUUCUUGCCAGCCUUUUGUUUUUUGGAGUCCUGUCAACAGAUUACCCUAACUGAGUAGUGGAUGUCUCCAGCUCCUCCAGAGUUACUAUGAGUCCCUCUUUUUGCUAAAAAUGUUGAAAUCUUUGGCUGUUAUCUCACAACCCUGAUUUAAAGUUCACACUUUUCCCUCCGACCUGUUUGCUGUGUUUUACUAAUCGUAAGCUGAAUUUACAGUCUGAUUAAAUUCCACGCUGUAUUUACUAAUUAGGUUUCUUCUGAAGACAAUUAGCUGUACUGGAUUUUAUUUAACGGUGUCAGAAUGAAGGGGAGCUGCCACACUUUUCAGAUUGUCAUUAGGGAAACUUUUAAACCUGCAUUAUUUUCCUUCCACUUCUCAAUCAUUCACUAUAUUAUGCUGGUGCGAAACACAAGAUCCCAAUAAAAUGCAUCAAAUGUGUGGUUGUAAAGUGACGAAAUGUGAAGAAGUUCACUAGGGAUGAGUAAUUCCCAUUUCUAAUGCUCUUCGUCAGUCAAACACACACACUGAUCAUUGUCCCGAAAUACGAGAAUCAAACCGUAAACCCUACAAAGUGCAACAAAAUCCUUAUGCUGAAUGUCUGCGUCUUGGUCAGCGGGAGCGUCGGGAACAGAUGUGUCAAACAAGUACCAGUCGAAUCUUUCUGGGGUUGACUCUCACAGCCUCUGCUACAUUUUUACACAAAGUGUCGGCGCUCAGUUUUUGUUCCUAACAUUUUAAAUAUGUGACGGAAGCUGCUUCCUGUUGGCUUUUCUCACGAUGAAUUGUUGUAAAACAGUUGAGUGUGGACAGGUUUAACACUCUGCUGCUGAACACUAGUGUUCUCCAUUAUCUCUGUAGAUAAAGGGAUCUUAGCGUUUGUCACAAAGUACACAAUCCAGUGUGUAUACACUAUAAAGAUUACCUUGAAAAGCAGAAAUUUUAGGCAUAUUUUAGUCUUUAGCAGUUUGAUAGACAUUGUAGCAACCCCCUGUUUAAAAGAUACUUGUGACACUGUUAUUGGAAAUGUGGAUACUUUGUAAAUAACAGUCUUUAUCAUUGUUUAUAUUGCAAGUCGAUACCGUGCAGUGUGUAGAUUUCGGUCGUAGAGCGAUUGUUUAUUACAACAGUGACCAUAAUGAAAACCUCAUCCCGGCUUUGAUAAGUGAGGAUAAAAAUUAAAUAUUUAGGAUUUUCUUUGUUUCCCUCCAAACUGAAACGAAUGUACUUUCAUGUUGUCAACAACACAGGGGCGGGGACAUGGAUUUGUACCGUGUAAACUCUUUCUUUGUUAUUUUUAUUUUAUUUUUAUUUUCCUUUAUCAGCCCAAAACGGUAAUGAGUUUUGAAAUGAAUAGUUAGCUAAUUGUUUUUAUGUAUGCGACAGCUGGCGUUGUGAGAACAAGCAGCAAAUUUGAAAGCCAAAUGAAGCUCAAACCAAGGAGUAACGUUAUUAACUCAUUCACCUUUACCUUUUAGUUGUGGCAUUGGUCAGAAGUUCACUUGCACUCCUCAUCAAGAUGGACAUAAUACAUACUUAAGACGUUUUUUUUUGGUUUACUUGUACUGCUUUUUUCAGCGAGCGAUAAUAAUGAAAUUAUGAACUCUAAGGUUUCACCUUGACCUCAUGCUUUUUGCAGCCAUAAGCAAGAUUCAGUCAUAACUCUGUCUGGAUAUUUGACCACACUUCUUAUUAAAAGUUGUAAAAGUUAAUUAAAUGAUUUGGUUAGCAUCAAAGUCAUCCCAAAUGUUUAAUGUUGGCCUUCUUUAUUUAUUCCGAAACCAGUUUUGAUUUGUGCUUGCGAUCAUUAUCCUUACUGUAAAAUGCGAAGUGUAUAAAGUUUUAGCUUUUCAUUUCAGGUGAUGUUAAAAAAUAUUGAAAUUGCCACCCAUGUACUUACAGCAAAGCAUCCAUACAGCAUGAUGCUGCCGCCACCAGUUUAUGGUGUUCUUUGUUUUGAAAAGUCUCACCUCCGCUCCUCUAGAUAAACCUCUUCUCAACAAUGGUUGGCAGUUUUAAACAGGGUACAGUGUUGACGGUAACACUGGUGUUCCAGCAACUUUCAGUUCAUGAGAGAACUGAGCUUUGGUGGUUCCAGUGUUGUUUUUCAACAUCUGAACCAAUUUUACUUCACCUGAGCAACUCAGUUUUAGUCAGAUGGUUGAAAUUUGGGUAUUCCAGCAGGAAAAUGAUCAUAGACGACAAAUAAAAAUGUAUACGAGAACUGAUGAAGCAGACUGACAUUAAGUGAGUACAAUGGAAUAUGCUUAAAAGUCAAGUCGAACCCUGUUAACCAAAUAAUUUUACUCUUAUUGAAAAUGUGGUAAAAUAUCCAUUUUUAAGUUUGUUGAUGGUUACAAAAAUGUGCGUGGUUUCUCUGGGUGUAUGCAUAAUUUUGACCUUGUGUGGAUUUGAGAUAAUCUGUAAUAUACUUAUUUUUAUUAACUCAUUAGAGGUAUCUAUCAUCAGUCUGACCAAAACAUAAGCAGCUUCAAAUCAUUAUUAAAGCCCAUUCCUUUCACACCACAGAGUGUACAUUUCUGACCAGUUCUAGUCAUUUAACCUAAACCCAACAUUGCAAACUGAGGCUUUUAUCUACAGGAGGUCUGUUGGAACAAAUAUUACCUUAUCUUAGAGGAAGCAUUGAAUCGGCACAGCUUGAGUGAACGAAACCUUCAGUCAGUGUCGCCCCCUUCAUUUGAACCUGAUGACUUUUCUAUAUCAGUAAAACUGCCGGUGAGAGUGGCUGAGCCAGGUGAGUUGAUGCGGUGGCCUUACAAACUGACAGUGCCGUUAUGUGAUGAUCGCCUGUUAGAUUCUGUGUGCGUAGCUUCUGUCAGGAGUGUCACUAAGUGUCGGUUGCUUUAUGGCUGUUUAGGUCCCGUUUUCUGUAUCUGUUUCUGUGUCACCUUCGAGGUGUUUAGAUGUAGGAAAUGUCACUUUCCUCUGCUGGUAAACUAGGUUAGACUCAGUGAUUAUUGGCCUUUAGGAAACACUGGAUAAGCUGAGACAACAGAUCAUUCCCCAUUGGAGUUGCAUAUUUCAGUUUUCAAGUAUGGGAUCCUGCGUCCCUGCAGUUUCAGUACUGUUUGAUUUCUGUCGGCUGCUGGCUCCUCUGUCUCCUCCCGGCUGCUUUAUUUCAAGUCUGUCAGAAAGAUUAUGUGGAUUUUUUUUCCUGCAUGUCACGAGAACCUGUGAUUUCCGAUUUAAAAAGUGGAGCUAGCACUUUGCAUAAGGAACAUUUCUUCAUAUUAACUGUGCGAGGUACAUUAUACUGACCCCUCUCUUUUCUUUUUAUAGUUUAUAGAAUAUUUUAUUACAGAAUAGUUUUUUUUUUUCAUGAUGUCUAAUUCUGAUUAAUCCACUUGACGAUCGAGUUCUUCAUUUUGAUGUCUGAAAUGUUCUUAUUUAUAAUGUAAAAUAUGGUUUUGUAACUGCAUUUUUUUGUUACCUUUUGUUCACUUUGACCCAUUAAUGGCUGAUCCAGUAAAAAUUUCAUACAUGCAGCCUAAAUCAAAUAAAAACUAUGUGAUAUCAAUGUUAUUUCAAAAAUAAAAUAAUCUUCUAAUACAGUC